AGUGGAUUCUCGAAAAUUCGUCCAGCUGAGUAUAAUUCAAUCAUCAAAAGGACCAGUUCGAGCUCAAUUUAUGACUACAAUGUACGAUUAGGGGAAUUGAGUAGACGAGGAAAUGUUAAAGGAGCGCGAAAAUUCUUCGAUGAAAUGCCUGAACGGGACAAGGUGUCGUAUGCUUCGAUGAUAAGUAUUUAUCUUAAGCACGAUGAGUUUCACAAGGCUGAGAGUCUCUAUUUUGAGAUUCCUGAAGGGAUGAGGAGCAUUGUGGCAGAUUCUGCUAUGGUGGAUGCUUAUGCUAAGGCCGGUAGAAUGAAUCGAGCGAAGGAGGUGUUUGAUAAAAUGCCUGAGAGAAAUGCGUUCUCAUGGACAAGUUUGAUCUCGGGGUACUUUGAAUUAGGGGAAGUUGAUGACGCUGUCCAGCUUUUUGGGAGAAUGCCUGAUAGAGAGAAAAAUGUGGUUACUUGGACAAGUGUGAUUGCCGGGUUUGCACGAAACGGGCUGGUUGAUGAAGCUCGAGAUGCUUUUGAUCGGAUGCCUUUGAGGAAUGCCGUGGCGUGGACCUUAAUGAUCAAAGCAUAUGUGGAGAUUGAUCGGAUUGAUGAAGCGUUUUCACUCUUUCGUGUGAUGCCGGAGCAGAAUUUGUAUGCUUGGAGUAUUAUGAUAAGUGGGCUUUUAAAUGUGAAUAGAGUUGAUGAAGCCAAAGAACUGUUUGAUUCAAUGCCUUGGAGAAAUGCUAUUUCUUGGACCACCAUGGUCACGGGUCUUGCAAGAAAUGGGAUGACUGAGUUGGCAAGGGAAUACUUCAACCAAAUGCUUAACAAGGAUGUUGCAGCAUGGAAUGCAAUGAUCACAGCCUAUGCUGAGGAAGGCCGUAUGGAGGAGGCCAGGGAACUUUUCAACAUGAUGUCUAAAAGAGACAUCAUCACUUGGAAUACAAUGAUUGGUGGUUAUUCCAAGGGCCGCCAUGAGGAAGAAGCCUUUCGCCACUUUGAUUUGAUGCUUCAAAGUGGCAUUAGGCCGAAUGAGUCGAGUGUUACCAACCUUCUGACUUCGUGUGGAGGUAUGAUGGGUGUAGUUCAAGCUCACGGGCUCAUUGCUCGCCUUGGGUUUGAGAUGUUAACUCCAGUGGCUAAUGCUUUGAUUACGAUGUAUCAUAGAAGCGGUGAUGUCAUCUCAGCUCAAAUUGCUUUCCAAAAUCUUGAUGCAAAGGAUGUUGUCACUUGGACUGCGAUCAUAGUAGCGUAUUCUAAUCAUGGGUAUGGGAUACAAGCUUUGCAGGCAUUUGCUCAGAUGCUACGAUUAGGGCACAGCCCGGAUGUGGUUACCUUUGUGGGAGUCUUGUCAGCCUGUAGCCAUGCUGGUUUUGUCAAAAAAGGUCGAAUGCUUUUUGACUCCAUGAAGAGAGGUUAUGGCUUAGAACCUACACCAGAGCACUACUCCUGCCUCGUUGACAUCCUGGGGCGAGCAGGGCUUGUUAAGGAGGCUGUGAAAGUGGUAGAGGAGAUGCCUCCUGAUAAAUGUGAUAGUGUAGUUCUUCAGUCCUUGAUUGGUGGUUGCAGGUUGCUUGGUGCUGACGGAGUGGCUGAUCAUAUUGGUGACGAACUGAUCGAGCUUGAUCCAGCCUGCUCGGGUGGAUAUGUGCUAUUGGCUAAUCUGUAUGCAGCAACUGGGAAAUGGGAUAAGUUUGCACAGUUAAGGAAGAAGAUGAAGGAAAGAGAAGUCAGUAAAGUUCCCGGUUUCAGUCAAAUAGAAGUUAAUGGCAAGACUCAUGUGUUUUUGGUGCGUGAUGGAGCUCAUCCUGAACUGAAGGAGAUUUACAAGUUUCUUGAUGAGAAACUCACCCCCGAGGUGAAAGAUUUUGGGUAUGAAAUCGCUAUUUUAUCUGCAUUCUCUACACAAUCGAACUCCUUGUAGAGCACAUUGAGGUGAAUAUUACUUUUGUUAUAUCCCUAUGAAUUUGAUCGACCAUUUGUUUGCUUUAAUUAUAGAUUAGGUAAUG